AUUAUGCCACACAAUAAUAAAAACAAACUGGUAUUUAAACAAACCUUCAGGAUGUGCAAUUAGAUUUAAAAAAAUUUAGUGCAUGCGUGGCUUCCGUGUAAUAUUUUUUUAAUUAUAACGUUGUUUGAGAUAAAAAAAGAGAUAAUAACGAAGGAUGGAAGCAAACUGGACAUUAUUCCCGCGCAUCGGGCUCCGGUCCCCAAACUUAACAAACACCACCGUAAGUCUUCAGGAGAGUUUCGAAAUCGAUCUUGAAGAUACCAACUGGAUUUUGACAUCCUCCUUUAUUAUAUUCACAAUGCAGACUGGUUUUGGUAUGUUGGAAUCAGGAUGUGUCUCUAUCAAAAACGAAGCUAACAUCAUGAUGAAGAAUUUGGCAGACAUCUCCCUCGGCGGUUUAACGUAUUGGAUCUUCGGUUACGGUUUGUCGUUCGGUCAGGGGACGUGGUCUAACCCGUUUGUUGGAGUGGGUGAUUUCCUGCUUGAUCCUCCAGUCGGUGAUGCGCUCAUGGGCCCGGUGUUUGCGUCAUUUCUCUUCCAAUUGUCUUUCGCAACUACCGCCACGACUAUUGUCAGCGGUGCUAUGGCUGAAAGAUGCAACUUCAAAGCGUACUGCGUGUUCUCACUGCUGAACACAAUCGUGUACUGCGUGCCUGCGGGCUGGGUGUGGGGCGAACAUGGCUUCCUGAACAAGCUUGGCGCCGUCGACAUCGCCGGCUCCGGGCCCGUACAUCUUAUUGGAGGCUCAUCAGCAUUUGCAUCGGCUCUGAUGUUAGGACCACGACUGGGGAGGUAUGCGCGCGGCACUGCGCCCCUGCCAAUGGGCAAUCCCGUCAACGCUGUGAUGGGCACGUUUGUCCUCUGGUGGGGCUGGCUGGCCUUUAAUUCUGGAAGCACUUACGGGGUAAGUGGAGCGAAGUGGCAGUACGCAGCUAGAGCAGCAGUUAUGACGAUGAUGGGCUCUUUUGGAGGCGGAUGCUUCGGAAUAUUUUAUACAAUGAUCAAAAACAAAGGGAGAGCAGAGGUUAUGGAAAUGAUCAAUAGUGUACUGGGCGCGCUGGUUUCUGUCACUGCGGGAUGUUUCCUCUACCGUGCUUGGGAAUCCCUGGUGAUCGGCAUGAUAGGUGCGGCCAUCGCCAACGGCAGCGCCAUACUGUUCGACAAGAUGCGUGUCGACGACCCCGUCAGUGCAUCCGCGGUGCACGGCGCCUGUGGACUUUGGGGGGUGUUAGCUGUUGGACUCUUUGCUGAUAAUCCUAUUCCCAUGGAAACGACCAAUGGCCGAUCAGGUUUAUUUAAAGGCGGCGGCUGGUACCUGCUGGGCGUGCAGGCACUGACUGGGGUGUGUCUAACAGCGUGGGGCGCGUUGGUGACCAUGGCACUGCUGUGGCUCAUCGACCGCGUCUUGCCCAUCCGCAUGGACCCUUACAACGAGCUGCUCGGAGCAGACCUCACCGAGCACAGGAUACGACACGGACAGGCAGGAGUUUCCCGAGCUGUUUCAGCACUACGUCCUUUCCAUAGAUCCAGCAGUAUAGAGGAAGUUGGCAAUAUCGGUGUCAACACUGGUCACAGCCUUAUUGUUGAUAAAUUACAGGAGGCGAAAAGGAAAAAUAAAACCAGUCCAACGCCCACAUUACAAAAUUACACAAACAAUGCCUUUGAAACCGAUAAUAUCGGACAGACGUUUAAAAAUAAUGGAAUAUUGAACAAACGCCCUGGCAACCCUGAGAACGACCUCCACCGUGCUCUAGACAAUAUGGCGCAAGAGAUAAACGACGCGAAACCUAAAAAAGGAAACGAAAAGAAAGGUCAAGAGGAAAAAACUAAUGUGAUACGGUUAGUACCGGAAGAUAUAAAAGGUAAGAAGUUCAAGGAUCUGUCGGUGACCGAACUUGAAGAAUUGGGUGAAAUCAACGCGAGUCAAGAUCGAUUCAGACAUCGAUAUACGGAAGAUGACUAUCGAGACGAUAUAUCUAGAAGUAAUACUGCUAAUGUUAAUAUAAAAUGGAUAGAUUAG